CCAAAGAGAGCAUUAUAGUAAAAAGAAAACAAUUUGGGUAUAUUUAUCUUAAGAAACAAGAAUUCAGGCAUGAUUCUAGCAAGCUAGACACUCGAGAAGAACGAUUUGAACAUGCUCUCUAUUCAACAAACAAAUCAAUAUCACUCCACUACGCACACACCUCAUCGAUUGCGAAGCGUCAACUCACCCCUAUAAACCGCAUAAAUGGGGGGGUGAGUCUGCGUCUAUAUGUGUUUUAUUGUUUGCUUCUCCCCGCUUAUGCUCCCGCGGCAGUCUUCCAAAACCCACCCAUGAACUGACCUACCAAAAAAUCGAAAACCCAAUUUCGUGCUCUUCAUCUUUGGUGCAGCAUUACCAUUCCAUUUACGCGGAUGUGUGUAUAGUGUUUGUGUGUAAUUAUCGCGACAUAAGUAAAGCCCUUGCACUUCAGGAAUCUGUCCAGCACGAGAUUUAAGAUGUGAAAGCUCCAGCAAAACGGUUAAAAGGAAUCGGUACGGUGCAUUACGCCCGCAAACGUUCAAAGUUGUGUGUUUUUUUUUGUCUUUCUAAAGUUGACCCAUAUUUUAUAUAUGGGUCCGCGCGUGUGAAGCGUACAAAAUUGUCCACUACCAAACGGAUCCUGGGAUUGGCAGAACUUUUUAGCUACCCGAAGAGCUUCUGUCACGUUGGUAUAAAGUUGCGUUCGUCGCUUUUCUUGCGUUGGCAUCUUUUUCUUUACCAUAUACAUCAACAGCCUCCCCCGGUCAACAAGCUGCCCAGACGUGCUUUCCCAGCUUUUAUGCAACCCUCCUUCCUUCGAUCUAUCGUUUUGUGUUUGUUGUCUUCUUCUGCUUCUCUUUCUCACACACACACACACGCACGCUCGCAGGCUACAGCUGAGCACAGGUGUGUAACCCGUAUUUGAAUUGUGCAUCAGCAUCACGCCUGCCUGACCACCCACCCGACUGCACGUGAAGGAGAGAGAGAGAGAGAGAGAGGGAGAGAGAGAAAAAAAGAGAGAAAGAAAGAGAGGGUGAAACGGGAGUGAACGGAAUAUACCGUUGGUGGUGUUGUUGCUGCUGGUGGUGUUGUUGGCCACCCUCCUCGUGUGCUGUUAGUUUGGUCAUGCCACUACAAUCCGGCCGCCGUGCGCUAAGUGAAAGCUCUCCCGUACGCCGUUGACUAAACAUCUUUCACUUGGAACAGUGCGCCGUUCCAGUGUGAAUGUCCUUCGCGGACUUGUGAAUGGCGGAUCACAGCUCACGAGGGGUUUUUUUUGCCGAAUCGUCGUCUACUAAACGGUGUGUUGAGAGAAAAAAAAACGGUGAUUUUACGUGAUCGACGCACGUAACGGUACACGGUUUUGGAAACUGUGGAAUAUUCUGUGAUUUAUUUUCCAUCAACGCACGAAAUGUAGUUCCCAGCAUCGGAUCAUCAGCGGAUACGCCUAUUUUUUGUUGUUUGUUUGAUUUCUACGAUACCAAACCUAUACCAAAACGGUACCCGCACCGCCAGCAGGGCGAGACAAACAAAAUCAACCGAAACGGAACCAUAAAUAAUGAAUUUAUAGCUGUUAAGAGAAGUGGAAUCGAGCUUUUUGUUUUGUUAAGUGUACCGCACAGUAAUUAUCAAUCGUGUCACGCUGCUUGAGAACCAAAAAGAAAAAAAAAACGGUAACCCAAAAACUUUUCCACGUAGAAGUUUUUUUUCCGAAACGGGAAGAUCAACCAUCAACCAGCUGAAAGUACCGAUCGUUUUAUUUGUUGUGUGUGUUUUUGUUAUUUUUUUUGGUGUGAAGCAAAUUAGUCGUAGCGAAAUUAGUCGUUGUUUAACCACUUAAACCAUUACAAAUUGGUUUUGGGUCCCAUUAAGCUGCUGUGUCCGCGUAGACGUCCUCCUAAGGGUGAUCAUCCCCUAAGCUGAGCUUUCCCACAGGUGCGCGUGAUCAGUGCGAAUGCAACUGUACGCAAAAGCUCCACGGCCGCGCUUAGUGCACCAAUACUACACCGCUAGCAGGAAACGUAACGAACGCACCGGACGAUAACUGUGUGUGUGUGUGUGGGUGAAGCAAUAUGUUGACAAUCCUGUCACCGCGGAUUGUGCUGUCCUGUGCCAUUUUGUUGGCAUGGUGUCAUAGAGAAGUGCAAGCAAAGGAACCGCUAGUUGCCAAUAAUCUGGUGGAUAAGGCCACCAACCAGCAGCAGUGGUCCGUACGGGACGCGUUCGAAUUGGCACAGGAACGCGAACAGGUGCUUGCGGCUCAACAAUCAAUCGCAUCCUGGCGUCAAAGUUUACAUCAGCACGGCCGUACGAAGGGUGUGCCGGAGGACGCACCGAGCGAGGAGGUGGACCUGCAGCAUCCGCAGCGGCGACGAAAGAAGCGUGCCGAUCGGAACGAUCUGUACGUGAAGGAACCACCGAAGGAGGAUGCUAAAAACGAAACAAUUCCGAUCGAUGUGGGUGACCCGGACGAGGGUGACGAUACGGAUGCGUCCGUUGUGUGUUACGGACCGCUCGGAUGCUUUCACGAGACGGAUCAUCUGCCGGAGAUGUUACCUUCCUCACCGGCGGAGGUAAACACACGGUUUCUAGUGUACACGACCACGCACCGCAGUGAGAAGCCGCUGAUUGAAUUUUCCUACGAAGAGCUUGUGGUGGCCGGUUUCGGUGCGGCGUACUGGGCAAACGGUACGAACGAUACCGUAUCGAUUCCCGUGUCGACCGGAAUGUCUUCCUCGCUGUUGAAAACAUUUGGCGAGCUUAGUAAUCGCACUGUGCGCUUUAUCGUGCACGGAUUCGGUGCCAACUGUGGGUUGGUUUGGAUUUACGAGAUGCGUACUGCCCUGAUGGCUGUGGAAAACUGUACGGUAAUCUGCGUCGACUGGGAGAAUGGUGCCAAACUACCGAAUUACGUGCGUGCCGCAGCCAACACACGACUGGUCGGCCGUCAAUUAGCGCUGCUGUUGCGUUUGCUGCGCACGCACAACGGUUUGCGACUGUCGCGCGUGCACCUGAUCGGUUUCAGCCUCGGUUCGCACGUCGCUGGCUUUGCUGGGGCAGAGUUUGCGAGUUCCGGUGCGACGGUAACGGAACCGACCGUACCAUCACCGGAUGGUGCUAAUGAUCUGUUGCCGCGUACAGCGAACGAUGACACCGAAUCGACAACCGAACCGAUUAAGACCACCGAGCGACCGGCCAAUACGGCCGGUUUAUGGCGCAUAACGGGCCUGGAUCCGGCCGGUCCGCUGUUCGAAGCACAACCGCCGGAGGUGCGGCUUGAUGCCGGGGAUGCUCGGUACGUCGAUGUGAUCCACUCGAACGGUGAAAAUCUCAUCCUCGGCGGGUUAGGCUCAUGGCAACCGAUGGGCACGGUCGACUACUACCCGAACGGGGGUCGUGUACAGCACGGCUGUACCAAUCUGUUCGUUGGCGCCGUCACGGAUAUCAUCUGGGCACCACCGACCACGGUUGAAGGUCGUUCGCUGUGCAAUCAUCGGCGGGCGUACAAAUUCUUCAUCGACUCCGUCGCACCCCGCUGUCACUUUCCUGCGUUCCCGUGCGAAAGCUACGAUCAGUUUGCUGCGGGCGAAUGUUUCGACUGUGGCAGCAAUGGGACAAGUUCUGCCUGCGGCCAUAUGGGUUAUUAUGCGACCAGCCGGGACGUUGGCGGAUACGGUCAGCUGUACCUGCGCACGCGGGACGAGGAACCUUAUUGUGCGAACCAGUUUCGGUUGCGGUUGCGUAACGCACCGGACGAAUUGCCGCUGCGGACGGUGGGUAGGUUCGAGGUAACGCUCGAGGGUGGUGAUACAGGCAACGGGAUCGAGGAUGGACCGGGUGGUGGUGGUGGUGGUGGUGGAGGUGGAGCGCCACUGCUCACCUUCAAUGAAACGUUUCACCUGGAUGAGGCACGAGAGGAUCGGGAGUUUCAUGCGGGACAGUGGCUAACCACGAUACUCGUGCCACAUCCCGCGCUCGGUCAUCGACCACGUGCACUAACGAUCACUUAUCGACCGUAUCGCGGUGGUUGGUGGCAACGUUCGAGCGUCGGUAAACAGCUGUGGCGCAUUGGUCCAAUCCUGCUAACUGCGGACGAUCAGCGAACGUACGGUUCCUGUGCCACACUUACACUGCAGGCGGACGUACCGGUGCGUAUUGAGCUGAAAUCGAUACUGCUACACGCAAACGAUGAUGGCGGCGACGAGGAUAGUACGGUGUGUCGGGUGGCGGACGAACUAAACCAACCGCCCGGUACGGUGGAACCGUCCCCACCGAAAAGUUCCAUCGAUGAGUUGCUGGUCAGUGCGAAACAUCCCGCCGGCCACGAUCAUUUCUCCUGGACACCGGUUGCGAUCAGUAUUCCGCGCCAUUCUUCCCAAUCGUUACAGCAGCACGUUAACGAAAAGCGUUCCUUUGCCGAUUCGGUAGCAAUGGAUGAAUCGGCUUCGGGGGGUGAACCACCCCAUCUACCACCUACCGCCCAAACUGUACAGCUAUUUCCCUCGCGGCUUGUAUCAUUUUUCGAGCGUGCAGAACGUUACGCAAGGCGCACGUGGGAUGCACUCUUUAGUGGGAAUGGUACUGAUGCAACCCUGCCCAAGAUGGCGUCUUCGGAUGGAGAAGAUGAGCAAACGAUCACGACGGUUGUCGAUUUGUUGCUGGCACCUGGUGCAGGGAAUGGACCACCGUUGAGCUCGAUAAGUCCAGUCACAACCACCACCAAAAACAACAAUAAUCCGCCCUCUACAACGUCGCCAUCUGCAAGCACAUCCGUCCCAACCGAACCAACCACUACGGAGAUACGGAUUGCGUUACCCACCUUCCGGCCUCUAACACGGCAGGCGGACGGUUCCGUGGGUAGUGGGCGACAACACUACACCCGCUUCAUCCCGCUCGUGUACGAGGAAAGCAAACCGGCCGAUAUGAUGGCCAGCACGGUUGGUGGCCGUAAGGUGCCUGCCCGUACCAGGUAGUGAACCACGUGCGGGGACACACCACGAUGUGAUAGCAUUUUCCUUUAUACUGUGCGUUUGUGUGUUUUGUUGUUUUUUUAUGUUCUCACUCAUACGCUCAUCUACACACUACACACACACACUGCCCGCUCACCACAUACUUUUUGAAUGAUAUUUUUUUUUUGUUUUUACUACAAGUUAGGAUAAAUACAGGAAAAGAGACAAGCAAGUAAUUGGACUGCUCUGGUGGAGAAGAGGAUGUUUUUUGUCCCCCUCUCCCCCCACCCGCCUCUUGCGUCUUAGUUGUUAUGCAUUAUGCUUAUUAUGAACUGUAAACGUGCAUGAAGCGAAUAAACAAUUUCAAUAUAUCACGAUAA